AUGUUCGCGUUAUUUUAUUAUUUACAAUAUUUGUUGCUGCUAUAUUCAAUAUUUCCAUGCUUCAUUAUUAAUCGACAAAUCAGUUAUGCACAAUAUCAAUAUACCUCAAAAUUUGAUUAUCGUCGUCGUCCAAGCCAUUUAAUUAUUAAUAAUAUUAAAAAAUUACGACCAUUUAAAUCUACUAAUAUUGUAACGGAACCAUUUGAUCAACAAAUAAAACAAUCAUUACAAAUAAUGAACAAUACGAUAUUGGAGCGUUCAGGUGAUGAAUUCCACAAUAUCAUAAAACAAACCUAUCCACAAUCAAAAUUAUUCUCGUCCUAUUCCAAAAAUGAAAUGAAUCGUAUAUUACCGAAAGUAAUUUCACCAUUUCUACAAAAUUUUAAUGAUAAUGGAAAUGAAGAGAAGCCAAUAAGUGUAAAGCCAAAAUUAAGAUCAACAUCAACAACAACAGCAACAACAACAACAACAAUAACAAUAACACCUCUAACAUCACAACCAAUGCUAUUAAGUCGUAUAUCACCAGGAAUUAAUAUUGAUGAAGCAAAACAAGCUAGGAUACAGGCUAGAUGGCGCAAACUGGGUCCACUGGUGAAAUCGAUACAAUAUCCAUAUGUUCGGCGAAAUUGGAAUCGUAUUAUUUUAACAAAAGAUAGCAAUGAACCAUCACAUUUUUCAAAUCGAAUGCAAAAAAUUAUCAAACGAUUACGACAACAACAACAACAACAACAACAACAACAACAACAACAACAACAACAACAACAACAACAACAACAACAACAACAACAACAACAACAGCAGUCAGCACAAAUACUAAUUGAUCCUGAAAAAGUUGAAAAACGACCUCGUUUGGAUGGAAUAUUACUUUCAAAUGUUGAAAUAAAGUCAAAAUUAUUCCCCAACGAAGUAGAUGAAUGGCCAACGGAAAUAGUAAAACCAACAACUACCACAUUAUCAACAACAACAACUACUACUGCAAUUGUUACCACUACAGUACCUGUUACCAAUUUUGUUACCGAAAUUACUCCAAAACCAACAACCAUUGAUACCAUUACUUUUACUGAUAAUGCACCAACUGUUAUACCCACAACAACCAUCACAUCUACAAUUGCUUCAUCGUUGACCACUUCAAUUCCUACUUCAAUAACCGAUUUCGAUAGCACGACAACAACCACUGAACCGAAUUCAUUUCCGUUCAGCACAUCAUCAAAUGACUAUCAUUUUCGAAAAAUUACACCGGUGAAGAAAUUUAAAUUUGCUCAGAAAUUUCGGCGGCAACCACGACUUAAGAUACGAAAACCGGAUGAUAGAGGACCUUUAAGAGGUAAUCAAACAGCAUCCGGACGAAGUCCAAUUAUUUUACCUCAACUUGAACCGUUAAAUUUGGAAAAUAAAAUUGGACAAGAAAGUCUAAACAAUGAUGCAAAUGGUCCUUCAGUUGAUUCAAGUGAUUUAUUCGAUGGUGCAUCAAGUAGUGGAUUUGAUAAUUUUGAUAAAUCAAUAGAGUUUAAAUCAGAAUCUGGUAGAAUUGAAACAGAUAAUGCAGGAUUUGGUACCGGGAAAUUUCCAACUGAUGAAUAUGGUUUAACAGGAUUUGGUGGUGGUAAACCACCACCGGUUGAUUUUAGUCAAGCAAAUGUUGGUAUAUUUGGUAGCAGUGAACAUAAACAAUCAACAGAUGAUCAUAACACCAUAACAUCAACAGAUGAUGAGACAACAAAAAUGACAACCGAAAGAAUUGAUAGUACGGAUUCUUCAAUCGAAACAACAUCAUUGCAAACUACACAACAUUUAAGCAUAACAUCAUCAACUAAUUCACAAUCGGUUUUAAAAAAUUCCGGAUUAAUUCCUGCAUUACCACCCUCCGAAUUUGAUGGUGAUUUUGGAACAGGAAAAAGAGGAGCAGUAUUAGGAGGUACAUUUCGUGGGACACAAACAGGAUUCAAUAAUUUCGAUAAUGAAGUUAAAGAAUCGAUAUUUACCGGUGAUUCUGCAUUAACACCAAAUCGGUUAGGUCCAACUGGUGAUGGUCUUGGACCACCGAUUCCAUCCGGUGCAGCUAUACCACCACCGGUACCAGCUGUUGGAAUAGGUGGUGCUGCAGCUGGUAUUUUACCAACAUUAUCAGAUCGUUAUAUUAAAACGCAAAAUCCACCAACAACGAUUAAACCAUCUGCAUUGCUGAAUUUUCUAACUAAAGCAGAUAUUGGUUUCAAUCAGGCAAUCAAUCAUUUUGAGCAGGGUACACCAAUUGAAUCUGCUGCAAUUGAUAUUUUAGAAGUUGCAUUGGGUAGUGAAAAAUUAGAUAGCCAAGCUAAAUUACUAGGCCAUAUUGAUCGAACAAUUGGUAUUGAUAAUUUGCAAAGGUUGCAAAGAUGGGUAAAUACAGGUGGUGCAUUGGAUGCUCUCAAAGAACAGCUUGCCAACUUUGUUAAGAACUAUACAAUACCGGAGAAUUUGCUUCCUACCGUACCACCUCAAUUGCAGUACCUUUUUGCACCAGGAAGGAAACGAUAG